AUGUCUCACGCAUUCUAUGCGGACGCUUGGCAGAAAUCGAAACGUAGAAACAGGCUAUGGUAUCAGGAAAAUUUAAUGCCAGCUUUAUUGGCGGCUAAGGAGAGACGAGUGCGGGAAAUUGACGCUUCCAUAGCACUUGCUAAUGAACUUUUAGAAGCUUAUAAAGAACCUUUAGUAAAGCCGAAGCCGGUUCCUUUAUAUGAACUUGUUCCCUUAGAGGAUGACAAUCUUAUGAAACCGAUAGAACCAGAUGUAUUAAAUCUAUUGUAUGGAUGUACCGAGAAAGGUGCAGCUAGACAAUAUCUUAGGGCUAGAUAUAAAAAGGCUCCGGAGGACAAAUUCUACUUUCGCUUAACGUCGAACUGGGAUUACGGCUGGCAGCAAAAGCAGUCCCGUCUCAAAGCCCGCGACGUGAACCGCGGCCGCUGCGCCAUACUACGGGACACGUUCUACCGCAAGAGCAACCUCGCGCCCGACCCGCCGCACUACUCGAGCCCCGCCGGCGGAGAGUUCUCCAUAUGCAGCGAAUAUUCAUGCAACGCUAAU